AUGCCGACCCUGACCUCUAAAGCCCGUCUCUUCCAUCUAGAGCGUCUGCUUUUCAGGCAACACUGCAACGACGUUGCCCUCUUUAUCCUGGGCAACGCGGAAUUGAGCAUCGCUGAGCUCAACGACUUCAUCGUGGAGCUCCGCGCCCAUGUCACCGUUCUCUGGCUUGCCGGAAAUAUGCUUCUCCGCGACUGCAACCCCGAUGACCUGGCAUACCUGCCACCGGGGUUCAUGACAGGUAUGCAACCUCGCCUGGGACGAUCCCCCAUGACCGAGUUCGCCUGGGGAUGCUUCUAUACCAGGCGCGAGCUGGGCUGGCUGCAUUAUCAGUAUAGCCAGUUCAACGACCGUUUAGACAUCGCGGCCAGAAUCAACCGUUGUGGGCGGCGCUGGAACUUGGCCGAGGACUUCCCUUCAUUCGCUCGCCCUAUGAUCUAUCCAUUCGAUUUGGACAAUGAGGAUGAUGGUGGUCUUCUCCAACUCCCUCAUUUUCAACCCAGCCUCCAGCCGCGUUAG